AUGGGUUUCUUCGACGACGACUCUCACCAGGCCCGCGCCCACCAGGAAUACCACAACCUCGACCACGCCAACGAGGAGCACAAGUCCAAGUUCAGCCACGAGCUGGUCUCCGGUGCUGCCUCCUGGGAGGCCAUGCGUGCCUACGAGCACCACUGUGAGAAGAACGGCAAGCCCCAGAGCCACGCCCACGCCAAGGAGCUCCUCGCUGGUUUCGCUGGAGCUUUCGUCGAUAAGGAGGUCGAGAGCAAGGGCCUUGACUUCAUCGACAAGGAGAAGGCUAAGCACCAUGCCAAGCAGCAGGUUGAGGAGGCUUCUCGCCGCGAAUACUACUAA